AUGGCGGCUAUGACAGAAGGCACUGAGACGCAUAUCCAGUCUCAGCAACCACAGAACCUUUACCCAUUGUCCCUGGACAGACGUCUCCUGGCCGGCGAUGCCUUUAGAGAAGCGAAGAUACGUCUCGAGAAUACUCUCAACGUGAUUGAGCGACACUACUCUACACCCGAAUCAGGUGUCCACACCGGAUUGCCCUCCUGCCCGCGUUGCCAAAGCAAGAAACGGGACAUCCACCGCGCCUACUGUGACUACUACCUCUCCAACGACCAGCGAAGCUGGUACGCCGAAAACCCCUGGUACAAGCAAGAAAUGAAUCGGCGUCUCCAGGAUCCAAACAUUCCCCUAAACGAAAUCCAUCAAUUCUUCAAUAGUGCGUUGAGGGAGCACAUGAGGCAAGAUUUGUCUGCGGUCCAGCCCGGUGACAGCACUGUGGUCAAGGACUUCAAGAGAAAGACGUCAGAUCUGUUUACAGAUAGCUACCAACCGCGGUCCAUGGCGGAUAUUCUUUCAGCGUAUCUCCAAAAUAUCAAUAUCAUCACCGGCCACCAGGACGCUACGGACCUGGUCAACGUCCUGCAGCUGACAACUACCCCGCAGGAGAGAGCAGACAUCUACAUCCGGUACUAUUGCACCAGCAGCUGGAAUGAUCUGCCGAUUGUCAAAACCUUCAAGUCAAAGUACGCCCGUAUGUUCGAGUCCGGUGCUCCCCACGACGCCGUGCUAGCUUCCAUGCGGAAAGAAGGCGAAGAAGCGCAAGCGUUGAAGAUUGCAGAGUUGCAAGGCAAAUUGAGUGAUAUCAAAAUGGCUCAAAGCGCACAUCUGAAGAACAAGAAGCGCAAGGAGGAGAAGCGUGAGAGGCUCCAGCGCCUGCGCGAAAGGCCGUCAAACUCGGAGAUGGCACUCUGCGCCCUGGUAACAUGUGGUGAAGAAAUCAAUAUUUCGAGUGGCACGGUGACCGAGUGUGCCAUCUGUGAAUGGCAUGAUCGAAAGGGUGGGGACAGAGGACGAGUGUUCUACUGCUCGACGCGUUGUGCCGAGGAGGAUUUCAAGGCCCAUGAUCCAGACCACACAUGCAUGUCCGAGAACUGUAUCUUUGCCCCCGAGAUCGGUCCACCGGGUGAUUCCGACCUGCAGCCUGGCGUCUGCCAGUCUUGCUUGCAGGAGGACCAUGUUGAGUACUUUUGCUCCCUGCCUUGCUACCGCGCGAACUAUGCAUUGCAUAAAGAGCAAGUUUUCGAGCAGAGGGGAUGUCAUGACCAUGUUGAGAUGCUGGAGUUUUUCCGCCCGGCUGAGGGCAUGGAGAUCAUCUCGUGA